AUGUCGAAGAGAGGACGUGGAGGAGCUUCCGGAGCUAAGUUCCGCAUCUCCCUUGGUCUCCCAGUCGGAGCCGUCAUGAACUGCGCCGACAACACCGGAGCCAAAAACAUGUUCGUCAUCUCCGUUUACGGAAUCCGUGGACGUCUCAACAGACUGCCGAGCGCUGGAGUUGGAGACAUGAUCGUGUGCUCCGUCAAGAAGGGAAAGCCAGAGCUGAGAAAGAAGGGUACGUUUUUUCAUUUAAAACAAGCUUUGAAUUUAGAAGCUACACAAAAGGUUAUACUAUAGUUAUCCAAUUUUAGUUUUGUUCUAAAUCGUGUGCAAGUUUUCUCGUAAGAACACUAUAAUUUUCUUUUUUUUUCAGUUCUCCAAGGAGUUGUCAUCAGACAGCGCAAGCAGUUCCGCCGAAAGGACGGUACCUUCAUCUACUUCGAGGAUAACGCGGGAGUUAUCGUCAACAACAAGGGAGAAAUGAAGGGAUCCGCCAUCACCGGACCAGUCGCCAAGGAGUGCGCCGAUCUCUGGCCCAGAAUCGCAGCCAACGCCGGAUCCAUCGCCUAA